AUGAAAGUAUUCCUCGCUGCUUCGCUGACUUUUGUAGCUACCCUGGAAUAUGCUCUCUCUUUGCAGUGUUAUACCUGCAACGAUCCCUCCGACCUUGACAACUGCAUGUUCAUCACCAACUGCUCCGUGGAGACAACCGCCUGCAAGACAAUGGUGCACUCCGUGGAUUCAGGCUACCCUUUAUUUGGAAACAUGUCCGUCUCCAAAACUUGUUCCGAAAAAUGCGUGCCUACGGAUCCAGAUAGGCUUGGCGAUAGUCAUCCUGUCUACUGCUGUUAUACUGACCUGUGCAAUGUGUCCGGGGCAUCGCAGGCCACCGCCAGCUUCUCUGCCAUGCCCUUUAUGGCUGCCACUGUCUUUGUCCUCUUUGAGGCCAGAGUAUAA